AAAAAAUAAUUAAAAGAAAGGAGGGAGUGUAGAGAGGCUGCUGGAGAGGAGGCACCCUCGGUGCACCCUCCCUCGCCCCGUGCGCUCCCGUCGCUGGUCCAGGGCCGCUGCGCACGCGCAGCCCAGGCUUCAGACCCCCGGCGCGGCCCGCACGGCAGGGUCGUCAGGAACAAUGGCCCAAGUAGCAAUGUCCACCCUGCCCAUUGGAGAUGAGUCCUCAGACAGCAGGAUGGUGGUAACAUUCCUCAUGUCUGCUCUGGAGUCCAUGUGUAAAGAGCUGGCCAAGUCCAAGGCUGAGGUGGCCUGCAUUGCUGUGUAUGAGACAGACGUGUAUGUAGUGGGAACAGAUCGAGGCUGUGCCUUUGUCAACGCCAGACAAGAUUUCCAGAAAGACUUCGCACAGCACUGCCAGGGGGAAGGGCUGACUGAAGAGAAACCACUGUGUCCUGAAAAUGGAGAAGUCCAGAUGCUCAGGAAAGCAGUGGAGAACCACUUCUGCCUUUGUUACCGUAAAGCACUGGGGACAACAGCCAUGGUCCCUGUUCCCUAUGAGCAGAUGCUUCAGGACAAGGCAGCUGUGGUGGUACAGGGCCUUCCGGAAGGCCUGGUCUUUCAGCACCCUGACCAUUACAGUCUUGCAACCCUGAGGUGCAUUCUGGAGAACAAAGCAGGGAUUUCGUUCACCAUAAACAGACCUUUCCUAGGUGCAGAGAGCCAGCUGGGUGGCCUUGGGAUGGUAACAGAUGCCGAGAGGCCUGCACUACCAUCAAAUGACAGCUGUGGCCCCAUCAGUGUGAAAACUGAACCCCUGGAAGAUUCUGGUACUUCACCAAAGGCAGCAGCCGUGUUAGUCAAAACAGAGUCAGAGGAUCCCAAUUACUAUCCGUGUAACAUGCAAGGGAGCCAACAUUCUUCCACUAGCAGCGAAGACACAGAAAUGGAGUUACCACCUGAAGAGUCCACUCCACUCGUCUCUUCAGGGACAAAUGAGGACCCUGAGACUGAUGUGAAAAUGGAAGGAAACGCAAAUCCGGCCAACAUUGUAAACUCCGCAGCAGGCGUUGAAGAUCUUAGGAUCGUACAGGUUCCAGAUAAUGAGAAAGAGAGACUGUCAGGCAUUGAGAAAAUUAAACAGCUUCGAGAACAAGUGAACUACCUCUUCAGCAGAAAAUUUGGGGAGGCCAUAGGAGUGGACUUCCCUGUGAAGGUCCCCUACAGGAAGAUCACCUUCAACCCCGGCUGUGUGGUGAUUGAUGGCAUGCCCCCGGGCGUGGUGUUCAAAGCCCCUGGAUACCUGGAGAUCAGCUCCAUGAAGAGGAUCCUGGAUGCUGCAGAUUCCAUCAAGUUCACUGUGAUUAGACCACUCCCUGGACUUGAACUUAGUAACGUGGGAAAGCGGAAGAUAGACCAGGAGGGCCGAGUGUUUCAAGAGAAGUGGGAGCGAGCAUAUUUCUUCUUGGAGGUGCAGAACAUUCCCACGUGUUUGAUCUGCAAGCAGAGUGUGUCGGUGUCCAAGGAAUACAACCUGCGCCGUCACUACCAGACCAACCACAGCCGGCACUAUGACCAGUACUCGGGGCAAGCGCGGGACGAGAAGCUUCAAGAACUGAAAAGGGGGCUACAGAAGUAUCUCGUGGGGGCCUCGGACAUCGUGUGCCCCGAGCAAACAUUGUCCAAUGCAAGUCCACCUUCGAACACAGUGGCACAGCCCAUGGAAGACCUGUCUGGGAACUUACUGAAGACAUUACGACAGAAAAUCCGGUCAUUUGUGGCAUACUCCAUUGCCAUUGAUGAGAUUACAGAUAUCAAUGACACCACCCAGCUGGCCAUCUUCAUCCGAGGCGUCGAUGACAACUUCGAUGUGGCUGAGGAACUUUUAGACACUGUGCCCAUGUCGGGCGCCAGAUCUGGGAAUGAGAUGCUCCUGUGCGUGGAAAAGAGCCUGAAGAAAUUUGGUGUGGACUGGACCAAGCUGGUGAGCGUGGCCUCCACUGGCACCCCAGCCAUGGUGGACACCAACAGUGGGCUGGUGACAAAGCUCAGAGCCAGGGCAGCCUCAUGUUGCAAGGGAGCCGACCUCAAGUCUGUGUGCUGUAUCAUUCACCCUGAGUGGCUGUGUGCCCAGAAGUUAAGGAUGGGCCACGUCAUGGAUGUGGUGGUGGACUCUGUGAACUGUAUCUGCUCCCGUGGCAUGAACCAUGGUGACUUCACGACACUGCUCUAUGAACUGGACAGCCAAUACGGCAGCCUGCUGUACCACACGUCCCUCAAGUGGCUGGGCAGGGGGCUGGUCCUCAGGAGGUUCUUCGAAUCCCUAGAGGAAAUAGAUUUGUUCAUGUCUUCCCGGGGCAAACCUGUGCCCCAGCUCAGUUCCCAGGGCUGGAUCUUGGACUUGGCCUUCCUGGUGGACAUGACAACACAUCUCAACACACUGGACGCCUCCCUCCAAGGCCAUUCACAGAUGGUGACACAGAUGUACGACUUCAUCCGGGCCUUCCUAACAAAACUGUGUCUCUGGGAGACCCACCUGGCCAGGAACAACCUGGCCCAUUUCCCCACGCUGAAAUCGGUUUCCCAGAGCGAUAGUGACGGGCUCAAUUAUAUCCCCAAGAUCGUGGAACUGAAGGCCGAGUUCCAGAAGCGGCUGUCAGAUUUCAAGGCCUGGGAGAACGAGCUCACCCUGUUCAGCUCCCCGUUCUCCACCAAGAUUGACAGUGUGCCCGAUGAGCUCCAGAUGGAGGUGAUUGACCUGCAGUGCAACACGGUGCUAAGGACCAAGUACGACAAGGUGGGCAUCCCGGACUUCUACAAGCACCUCUGGAGCAGCUACCCUAAGUACAGGAGCCACUGUGCCAAGAUGCUGUCCAUGUUCAGCAGCACCCACAUCUGCGAGCAGCUCUUCUCCAUCAUGAAGCUGAGCAAGAAGGAGGCACAGCAGGGCGCAGCAACAUGAGGGAGGAGACGACUGGAGCCUGACAUCCCAGUACUGGGAAGUCCGAAGCAGGAGGAUCUGAGUUAGAGCAUGGUCAGCCUGGGCUACAUAUCAAUAUCAAGACCCAGAGAAAGUGCCGGGAGAGAAAAGGAAGGAAUGGAAACCUGGCCGUUCCCGUGCACCCCCUUUUUUGUGGGGACCUAGAAUGUUCCAGGUCUAAUAGGUUGUUGUGAGGUGAGAACAAACUCUUAACACGUCUCGGUUUAAUAAAAGCCCCUCUUGUUCGAAUUGGAAUCCUAAUUUGCAUAUGUUCAGGUGACAUUUGAUGCCUAGCUAUAGUUCAGUAAAACCCGUAACAGGCGUUUCCAGUGCUUGGUGGUGCUUAUUCCUGACUAACCUGUGUUGUCCAUUCACAUAUUGCAGUCUUCAAUAAACCCACUGCGAA